GCCGUUUCUUACACCGUAGCCAUUACUUAUAUUCAUAAACCCUAGCUGCCUCGAAACAGAGUUCUUCUUCGAGAACUCAGUUUUCAAUUUCCAUUUCGCAGAGAAGAUACAAUUCAGAGGAUAAAGUUCACUCUUUUCCUUCUGGGUUGUGAGAAAAAAUGAAACCUUCUCAAAAGAGAGGUCGCAAACACAAACGAGAAGAUGCUUCAUCGGCUGAAAACGGUGGCGGCGAGGUUAAAGACGCUUCCUUGAACGAAUCUCCGUUACCUCUAUCCCCCGAGCCUGCUUCAGCCUCCGAGACAAACCCAUCUCCGUCGCGACGCAACCGCGGGAGAGGCAAAAAGCGCCGAUUGAACAACCAAUCCGAACCCACCGGCGGAAUCGGCCAGCGAUCGUCUCUUCCUCAAAACGGCGAUUGCAGCAAUGGGCUGAUUGUUUCGGGAGCGAUGACAUCGGAGUCGAUUCCCGCUGCUCCGAGUUGGGAGACUGUGGUGAAAGUUGUGCCUUCGAUGGACGCUGUGGUGAAAGUCUUUUGCGUCCACACCGAGCCUAACUUCUCUCUGCCGUGGCAGAGGAAGCGGCAGUAUAGCUCCGGUAGUAGUGGCUUCAUCAUCGGAGGGAGAAGGGUUUUGACUAAUGCACAUUCCGUUGAGCAUCAUACGCAAGUUAAGCUCAAGAAGCGUGGCUCUGACACUAAGUAUCUAGCAACUGUCUUGGCCAUUGGAACUGAAUGUGACAUUGCUUUGUUGACAGUUAAUGAUGAUGAGUUUUGGGAAGGAGUGUCUCCUGUGGAGUUUGGAGACUUACCAGCUCUCCAAGAUGCGGUGACUGUGGUUGGUUAUCCAAUUGGUGGAGACACAAUCUCUGUCACAAGCGGUGUUGUUUCUCGGAUGGAGAUACUGUCUUAUGUGCAUGGCUCGACAGAGCUUUUGGGGUUGCAGAUUGAUGCGGCUAUAAACUCUGGGAACUCUGGUGGUCCUGCGUUUAACGACAAGGGAAGAUGUGUCGGCAUUGCGUUUCAGUCGUUGAAACACGAAGAUGCUGAGAACAUUGGUUAUGUCAUUCCUACGCCGGUGAUUGGACAUUUCAUUCAAGAUUAUGAGAAGCAUAACAAAUACACAGGGUUUCCUGUUAUUGGAAUUGAGUGGCAGAAGAUGGAGAAUCCAGACUUGCGUAAGAAAAUGGGAAUGGAGUCUCAUCAAAAGGGAGUGCGGAUAAGGAGGAUCGAGCCUACAGCCCCGGAGUCACAGGUUCUGAAGCCGUCUGAUAUCAUACUUAGCUUUGACGGAGUUAAUAUUGCUAAUGAUGGAACUGUUCCAUUUAGGCAUGGAGAGCGAAUUGGCUUUAGCUAUCUUAUAUCUCAAAAGUACACUGGAGAUUCUGCUCUUGUGAAGAUUCUGCGCAACAAAGAGAUUCUCGAGUUCAACAUAAAACUCGCAAUCCACAAGAAGCUAAUCCCUGGUCACAUAGGUGGCAAACCUCCUUCCUACUUCAUCGUUGCUGGCUUUGUAUUUACAACUGUCUCUGUUCCUUAUCUUCGCUCUGAGUAUGGAAAAGAAUAUGAAUUUGAUGCACCUGUCAAGCUUUUGGAUAAACAUCUUCAUGCAAUGGCUCAGUCCGUGGACGAGCAGCUUGUUGUAGUUUCACAGGUUCUUGUUUCUGACAUCAACAUUGGUUAUGAGGAGAUUGUCAAUACCCAGGUUCUAGCUUUCAAUGGCAAACCUGUGAAAAACUUGAAAUGUUUGGCUGAGAUGGUGGAGAACUGUGAUGAUGAAUACAUGGAGUUCAGUCUUGAUUAUGAUCAGAUUGUUGUUCUGCAAACCAAGACUGCAAAAGAGGCAACUUUAGAUAUUCUGACCACACAUUGCAUACCUUCUGCUAUGUCUGAUGAUCUCAAGAAUUGAACAAGAAACUGAAACAGUAGCAGCCAUAAACAGACAUGGAAGGAGAGAGAGAUUUUGCUCCAUGGAAGCUACACAAAAGCAAAUACAGAGUCAUGGAAGACAAAGAGCUUUGAAAGUUCAAACCAUAUCAUUUAUCUUCUUUGCUUCUUACUCUGUUACACUUUUGUACUAGGCAAAAUAUGCACUAGCUGGUUAAAAGACGAAGCAUUGAAAAAGGUUUUUAAGAAUCGUUGUGUGUUGUGUUUGCUACAAUCUCGACAUUGGUUCGGUUCCACCGCUUGAA